UCCGGGAGUCCCGACUCGUAAUGCGAGCGGAGGGGCGCCGUCCGGAUCGUGCCCCGCCGCCGCAGCUGAGCAUCAGCUUACACUAGAGGCACAGAAUAGAAAUCCAUCAGACAUGGACACUAUGGAUGAUCUAAAAAGGAAACUCCAUCAAACUGAAAAAGAAAAUGUUGAAUUAAUUACUGAAUUCAAGAAAGAAAAGUCACAGUAUGAAAAAGAGAUAAUUAAAUUGCGUUUGGAACUUGAAAGAGGGGAAGCUCUUCGUCGAGGUUUGGAGAAUGAAUUGUCAGUGGCCAGAGAAGAGGCUCAGAUGCAAAUGUAUGCUGCAGAAGAGGAGCUGUGUGUUGCAAAAAGUGAACUUAUGGAACUGCAAGCACUCAGUGGCAAAAAUCAGCAGAAAAUGGCAGAGGCUGAGAAAUCUUUUCGUAAGGCUCAGCAGAAGUGGGAAGAAGAACACCAAAAAUGUGCAAAGGAGAAGGACGAUAUCCGUGGAGUUUACCACCAUGAAAUUCUAUUCCUCGUCAAAAAAAAAAGUGAAGCAGAAAGGGCUGCUCAGGACCUGAAUGAUGAACUGCAAAAUAUGUACAGGAAACUGAGGGAUGUGGAGGCAGAACACGAUGGCUGCAGUGACAUGCUGAAGCGUCAGGCUUUUGAGCUGAAAUUCAGAGCUGACCGACACCAGCAACUCAUGAGAGAGCUUGAAGAAGCUUCAAAAAGAACUAGAAAACUGGAAGGAGACACUAAAGCAGCAAGAGAAACUCAUUUAGAAUUGAAGUACACUACACAGAUCAUGCAGUUAAGAAUUCAAGAACUCGAAGAAGCUUUGAAUUCAGAAAAGGGCAACUCAGCAGAAGCUCUUUCAGUGUUACAAAAUAUGAAGAGAGAUUUCAGAGAGCCAGCAAACGCACAUGAGAGAGAUCAAAAUGUAUUACAAAGGGAACAUUUCUCCUCAAGCAAGCAACUGAAAGAGAUGACUGAGAAAAAGAAGGAAACCAGAGAAAUCUCUGGAAAACUAGAACUUACCAAAAGCAGCUCUGGAAUGUUAAUGGAGGAAGGUCAAAUGGAGGAAAUGCAUGUCCUCCGUAGCUUAUACCAGCAUCUGGCAGAAAGUUAUGUGCUUACAAAGCAACCAGAAGUUCCCAUAGACAGUUUGUCUUGGACAGAGCUUUGUGUCCUCUUGUAUGAAAAUAUUGAUACCCUGGUCUUAGACUUCAGGAGGGCUAAAGACAAGAUAUCUCACCUGGAACAUGUUUGCAAGGAGAAAACUGAUACUAUGAGGGAUCUUCAGCUGAGCCAAGAAGAUGCUUUUCGAAAUAUGACUGAACAGUUGAAAGCACAGGAACACUGUUGGCAGAAAGAAAAAAGGCAUCAUGAACUGCAAUACUCAAGUGCCCUUGCUGAAGCUCAUGCAAGAGCAAAGGAAUACCAAGAAGCAGCACAGCGAAUCAGGGAAAGAAUGUAUGCACUUGAAAAAAACCAGGAGAAACUGGCCCAUGAAAAUGUUUCUCUGAGAAAUUCAUUAACAACUAUUCAGAGGGAGCGUUCAUCUCUCUUGGCAGCCUGUGCACUGUUGUCUGGUGCCCUGUGUCCCCUCUACAGCCAACUGUGUGCUCUGACUUCCCAAAAAGACCUUCUCCAGAACCAGGUCAACUCCUACGAAUUACUGAACCAGAGGAUUAGGACUAUAGUUCAUAGUUUCCGCGCUGAAGAGGAAAACAAUCGAGAUGAAGCCAGAGGAAGACAAAGGAGAGCCAAAGGCCUGGUUUAUGUAUUCCGAAGAGCUGUGAUUGUAGUUUUGGCAGCCAACAGAUUCAGAGCUGCAGCUCAGUGUUCUACUUCCCUCUUCACCUGGACAAAUGGCUUACAAGGAGGCAAUGGGAUUCAAGUUUGUGUGGGAGAAUCCGAAGGCAGACAUUAUAGAGAUGGAGCUGACUGCCUUGAAGCACUUGACUGGGUAACUAGCUCUAACCUCCAUUCUGCAAUAAUCAGUUCCUUCUCUGAAUUGCAGGAUGUUCUUAGCAAACCAGAUCCAAGCUCUUGGCUUUCUGGAAACUCGCUUAUAAAUGCAGUCAGGAACUGCUUCUCAAAACUUAUGGACAAGCUGAGCUUAAUGCUGGGGAUGGUUCCACUAAACUCUCCAAGGUGCAUCACUUACCUGGAGAAGGACUCCUUGAUACAGAGGCUGGCUUGUGGACUUCUCAGAAUAAAUACCCAGGCUCUGGAAGCUGGAUUACAUGACAGACUGCCCAGUAUGAGAAACAUAGCAUCCUUGCACCAGGUGCUGUUUGAAUACACACGAAGACUUCAUAUGGCAGAGGCAGAGUGCCGCUCACUGGGCCUGCAACUUGCAGAAUUCCAGUGGACUUUCAAUGAUAUGAAAAAGGAUGCUGAAAAAGCCAGGAACCUACAAGAUCAAUUAAAUACAUUACAGCAUAGAAUGAUCACCCAAGACAAUAUACAUAAAGAAUUAAAUAAUGCUUUACAGCGUGAGCACGAGGCAAGAAUGCUCUUGUUUGAACAGGAGCAACAGAUAACUCUGUUAAAUGAUAGACUACAAAAGCUCUCCAGAGAAACAGCAGAUAGAGGCCGAGACCUAAAUCUAUCCGUAAGGAGUCUCCCAGAAACAGCAACGGAUAUGAGAAGAGACCGAGUUUUGAACCACCAAAAGAAGCUUCUUACUGAAAUGGAGGAGGACAGGCGUCGACUGCAAGAGAACGCCCAAAAUGCAGAGCGUGCCCUGCUCACGGCAGAAAAUAACAAAGAAUUGAUCAUUACUCAUAUGAAAGCUGUGGAAACCACUCUUCAGUUGGUCAGAGAGCAGGCCUUAAUGCUAAGUGCUGCAGCAGGCACAACGGAGUUCUGCCUGGAGCUACCCAGACUGCAAAUAGAUGCCCUUCCGCGUGAAGAACUGUGGGGCAGGCCAGAGGCUAUAGCAUUCCAGGAUGUGGUUCAAAGUUUUUUGGACAUCUACCAACUUGCAGCUAGCAGAAUUGAAACAUUACUGAGAGAAACUUCUCAGCUUCGCACUGCAGCCCAAAGAUCCAGACAACAAACAUUCACCAUUCAUGAAAGUUAUGAAAGCAGGAAAGAGCCUAAACAUCCAAGUAGCUUCAAGCUAGAUAGUCAGGUUGACGAGCCUUAUGUCCCAGAGAUUUAUCUAUUGCCAGCAGAAGAUCAAAUUACCUCCAGCAUGACGCUGCAAAGAGACAGUACUCAGCCUUCAAUCCAUCUGUCCUCCAGUGUGAUACCAGAUAGACCUGGUACUGGGUCUUCAAUCCACAUGUCCUCCAGUGGGAUACUGGACAGAGCCGGUACUGGGCCUUCAAUCCAUGUGUCUCCUGCUGAGAUACCGGACAGAGUUGGAACAGGGUCUUCAAUCCACAUGUCUGCUGAUAUGAUACCAGACAGAAGCAGUACUCGGUCUCCCAUCCACAUGUCCUCCAGUGGGAUACCAGACAGAGGCAGUACUCAGUCUACCAUCAACAUGCCAGCUGAUGUGAUACCAGAUAGAAGCAGUUUUCUAUUUCCAACCCUCAUGUCGUCCAGUGAGAGUGCAGAUAGAAGCACUACUCGGUCUCCAACUCACAUAUCCCCCAGUGUGAUACCAGAUAGACCUAGUACUGAGCCUUCAAUUCGUGUGUCCCCUGGUGCAAUACCAGACAAAAGCAGUACUCAGCCUCCAACUCACAUUUCCUCCAGUGGGAUAGCAGACAAAAGCAGUACUCAAUCUCCAAUCCACCUCACCUCCAGUGGGAUAGCAGACAAAAGCAGUACUCAACCUCCAACUCACAUUUCCUCCAGUGGGAUAGCAGACAAAAGCAGUACUCAGCCUCCAACUCACAUUUCCUCCAGUGGGAUAGCAGACAAAAGCAGUACUCAAUCUCCAAUCCACCUCACCUCCAGUGGGAUAGCAGACAAAAGCAGUACUCAACCUCCAACUCACAUUUCCUCCAGUGGGAUACCAGACAAAAGCAGUACUCAGCCUCCAGUCCACCUGUCCUCCAGUGGGAUAGCAGAGAGACCUGGUACUGGGUCUUCAAUCCACAUGUUCUCCAGUGUGACGCCAGUCAGAGCCCAUACUCUGCCUUUAAUCCACAUGUCCCCUCAUGCAAAGCCAAAGAGAGCCUAUAGUGUGCCUUUAAUCCAUAUGUCCUCUGGCAUGAUACUGGACAGAGCUGGUACUGACUCUUCACCGGACAUAUCCUCCCAUGUGUUGCCAGACAGAGCUGGUACUGGCUCUUCACUGGACAUAUCCUCUGGUGUGAGGCGGAGCAGAACCUUUAUUGUAUCUGCAAGAAACAUAUACUCCAACGUGAUACCACAAGGAAUCAGUACUGGUACUGGGUCUUUAGAUAUAUCCUCUGGUGCGUUAGUGGACAGAAUCAGUUCUGGGCCUCCAGUGGAUGCAUUCUUCUCUGUGAGACCAUACCAAUUCGGUGGUGGGUCUUCAAUGGAUACAUACCACAGUGUGACACCAAACAGAUUUUCUCUGCCUUCAAUCAGGUCCUUCAGCCAGGAUGUCUUAUCCAGUACUAGAAAAGAAGGAAAAUAAUUUUCAGAGUCUUAGCUAUGUCAGCUUCCCUUAGCUAUAUGCCAGCUUCCCUUUGGAAAUGAAAAAAAUGUAGUGGUGUAAAACGAUGUAAUUAAAGUAAAAUCUAGCAGCUA